AUGCCUCUAAGCAAGACGAACAUAGCCGUGGUUUUUCUCGUAGGUUUCGUCAAUUAUUUGGAAUGGGCCAUUGUAAUGACUUCAAUAUACCCGUAUAUUCUUUCGGUAAGUAGUCACUGACAUUUCUACGUUUGUAAAAAUAAUUACAAAUGCAACUGGAUCAUGGAAAAUCAGUAUUGUAAAUGAAAUGGAUUACUUAAUAGCGAUCAGAAACUGGAAGUUGUUUCACGCGCUUAAAUCACUCGUACUUUCGGACGGGUUAUUGUAAUUAAUUCAAUUCUGCCUUCAGAAAAACUGAAAUAAAUAGAAAAUAAGAUCAGCAAUGUCCUGGUAUCUUCGCGCUCAUAAUCGAAAGCACACUGAGAUUUGAGGAUUUACUGUUUCCGGUGGAUUUUGGAUUUUUAAAUACGGUGCCUUUUAUGUCGUUUUAACAGAGUAACGAGGUCAAAAAAUAAAUAGGUUAAGCGAAAGCAUUGGCAUUUUAUGAAAUCACAAGCUGUUGCUUUCCCAAAACUGCCGUUUCUAUAAGAAUAUAUGUUAUAACAAUAUCAAGGCUGAAAUUUGCGACAUUUUAAGAUUAUUUUAAGAAUUAAAAAACUGUAAAUACAAUACAAUUAUAUGUUUUCAACUUAUUCCAUUCUCUAAAGGGCAAAACUUGUCAACAAAACGAAAAAUCCUGCACUAACUAUAAUUGAUACCCCAAAAUAUUCUACAAGGGACAUGUCAUAAGCAAUAAUUUAAGAAUAAUACAAGAUUAUUUUCAGCUUUAAAAAUCCAUUGCGUGACUACAUUGUAACACUUCCAUUCUCCUCAUUAAUAUUGCAGAUGUCUAGCAAUACUUCUUCUUCGGCCGCCUAUCUCUCUUUAGCUCAAAGCCUGUUUCCAUUGGGUCAAGCAAUCUCUCAACCAGUAGCUAGCCUGCUUGUAAAAAAGCUGCGACAGAUUAAGAUUGUCCUCAUCGGUUCUAUCAUAAUUGCCAUUGGCGGGAACGUGACAUACAUGGCAGCGGAUAGAGCUCAUUCUGUUGCGCUGAUUAUCCUGGGAAGAGCUUUAGCUGGUUUGGGGGCAGGUAAGGUGGGGUGGACUGAAUUCAUUUGCCGUUAAUUCGUAUACGGUUUAUUUUUUUUUUUUUCAAUAACAAUUAAUGCUAAAUUAGAAUAACCGUUUUUUCGAGUUUUGAUAAAGACGAUUAUUGUUUGACACUGCCGGAAACACCUUGUGUGUUUGUGGGGGAGGGAGGGAGGGAGGGAGGGAGGGAGGGAGGGGGGCUACGAAUUUGACCCCCAACCAAACAAACAUAAACUUUUGUAAAGUUCAGCGAUUUUGCAGAGUUACAGCUAGUUUUUAACAAAUAUCGUUUAAACUUGGCAACUUUACUGAUUUUAAGGCGUUUCCAGCCACAAAUUAUCGCUAACUGGCCCCAGUUUUAAGUUGAAAAAACUUUGGAAGGAUCUGUUAUGUUGCUACCGCUACCAAUCUGUCUGAAGGCUUCGUUUUGACGGUUAUCUCCCGGGGGGGAGGUGUACUCCCUUAUUUAAGCUAUAUAGGUAUGUGCCGCCCCAAAGGGUAUGGUUUUUGCGCCGUUUUGAUCAGAAAACGGGUAUAGACUUUUUGGUCUGGAAUCGGGUGUGGUUUUUAAGGGAACUACGGGAGUGUAUGAACGUAUUUAUUCUUUCAAUUCCAAAAUGAGGAAGAACGAAAGAGAAAUAUGCGAAUUCGAAAUAGAUUUUAAGAAAUCUUUUUUUGUUGCUGUUCUUAUCGAAGUGAUUAUGACAUAAUUUCUUAAAGGCCAGGUCUAAGAAUGGGUAUGUAUUUUGGAGGUCUGAAAACGGGUGUAAAAAAUAUCAUUUUUUGGUUUAAAAUAGGGUCCAGAUUUAAAGAACCGGGCGGCACACCGCACACCCCUGCCAAAAAUUCCUAGGAGGUACCCCCCGGGGGAUAUCUCUUGAAGUGAACAAGAAGGAAAGAUAAGUUGAUAUUUUAAAGUGACUGCUAAUAUGUGACCUUUCUUACUAGGUAGCGGAGGAGUAGCUUAUGGUUUUAUAGGUGCUAACACCAGCCGAGAAAGCCGAACCAAGUUUAUGUCUUAUUACAGGGUUACGUGUAUGGCUGGAGUAAUGUCCUCGACGAUUGGUGAGUUACUAAUUAUUCACGCCCGUACCACUCCUGAUCGAUUAUAUCAGUAUUGGUAUCAAUUUUUCGUCCCAGGACCAGCCACAUUUUGCAGGCUGGUCAUUACAAUUGGCAGUUCUAACAACAACAAAUACAGUCAAUAUUUGUACUUUAUUUUUAGUGUGUUAUUACCAUUCUAUUUUUAAUAUUUAUUGUCGUCAUCAUCAUCAGAUCGUCGUCACCAUCAUUGUCUUCAUCAUCAUCAUCAUCAUCAUCAUCAUCAUUUCAUCACCAUUAUCAUCACUACCGCCAUUACCGCCAUCAUCAUAAUUGCAGGAUUACAUCGUCAUUAUCGCCAUAAUAACUUCAAUGACAACAUGGAGUAGUACCUUAAGCUUCGAUAAUCAUUUUGUACUUUGAAUUUUUUCCCUCACUUGGCUAAACUAAAAAGCCUAAUAAUGCAUUCACGAAUAAUAAGAAUGCAUUAUAAUGUAUCCUACAGGGAAAUUCAAGUUUGAAUUCUAGUUUGCUAUAACUAGGGGGAGAAAACAUUUCUGAUUGCUUUGAAUUUGUUUUCAGCAUCUGCCACCUUCUUACCCCACUUUGGCAAGAACGUUAUCGGUAAAGCAACAGGAUUAGAUGAGUAUUCUGCCCCUGCAGCUCUUACUAUUCUCUUUUUGUGCGUCAGUUUGGUUCUGGUCACCCUCGUACUAAAUGAAAACAACUGUUCACCGAUAGGUAGGUUUAUUCACAUUUCUGUGGUCUUUAAGACUAGUUUAGCAAUGGAAAAUUUUGUUCUAUUUGUUAAAUACGUUCACAUUCGAUUCGUUCUUCACAUUUGUUUUCCAGGCGGCUCAGAUGCUGGCACAUCAGUAAAAGGCUUGCUCAAGUCACGUGGUGUACUUCUGGGUCUGAUGCUGUAUCUUUUGAAUGGUUUUGUGACCACAUGGGUGGGGUUUGUACUGCCUUUGAUCGCGUACAACCAUUUCCAUUUUAUAUUGCACAAAUAUGGUUGGCUAAUGGUCGGCGUGUCUGCAACAGCAACAAUAUCAUCGUUAAGCAUGGCGCAGGUGUCUAAAUCCAGUUGUAUGGCUAACAAUAGAAACGGUGACUGGAGAGCAUUGGUGAUUUCAUAUACUGUCAUGAUAAUCGCAAUAGUUAUUUCCUAUCUGGGUGGUCCUUCGGUGAGUAUGUUACUAAAAGAUUUUACAGUAAUUGUUCGAUUCUUUUGCACGUGAUUCACUUCGAUCAGUUCUUCGAUCCUUUCUAGGCAAGAGACGACCGAUUCUCCAUUCUCCCUCUUUUUAUAAAGAAGCGGCUAUCGUAAUAUUCGGAGCCUGCCGGCCAGGUUAGACUGCGCGCCUAUAUAAAAGAAAAACUUAGCGCAAAAUAGCUCAUCCCUGCAAAAGGAAAGUGCUCGAUUAGUGAAAUGAAAUAAUUAUUGGUCCGAGUUAAAACUCUCGCAACAAAGAUAGUAAUACGGCAGAUAUAAUGAGGUAUAGAAGCAAUGCUCCCUAUUUGAGCGUAUGUUAGAGAAAUUUAUGCAUCUGUACUUUUCGUUUGCAUUACCAGAUAAGAAGAAUGCAUGUGUUUAGGUAAUGUGAAAGAAGUUCAUAGAAAAAUAUUAAUUGAAUAUAUUAUGCGUUUCUUCAGGUUUUAAAGUCUUUACCAGUUGCAGCUAAGGAAGGGCUCUUUAUAAGCGGAGCGUUAAUGGUGUUUUUAACUUACUCUGUGGCUGGAGUGGUAUUGCCUUCAUUGAUGACCAAAUAUGUACCCAAGUCUAUGAUGGUAGGUGUACAAAGCAUCACGGGACCCAUGUGAAUGAAAAGCGCGGGAAUCUAUCAGUAGGAAUGAUUGCUGUUGUGUUUCUUCUCAUUUCUAACAAAGCGAUUUUCGUAUGAAAAGUGAAUACAACGGUCACCAUAACAUCAGACAAAUUGAGAAGAAGCGGUGUGGCUUUCGAUGUGGAUUUCCAUAGAUCAGAGAGUUAGGUUAAACACAGGCGGACUUUGAUUGGUUUAUCGCACUGAGGCGCACUGAGGAAAAGGCGUGACGAAGCUAAUUAAAUCGUUUUAGCGAAUUGAAGCAAUCACGCAGCGCGAUUUUGAUUGGCUUAGCGAGAUGAGACAAACGCGAGGCCAGGCCUCUGACUGAAUUAGCGAAUUUGGUCAUAAUGCCAGGGAAGCGAAAAGAUUGCACGCGCUGAAAAGUUGUAAUAUCCUUCUACGAGAAAACGAGCAUUUUUUAUCCUGUCAAAUCUUGGUGGAUUAGAAUUACCACCCACAUCCGUCAUAUUUUUCAAUUCCUCUUUCAGCCUGUUAUAAUGCCUUAUGGUAUCGCCGCAAUGUCCGCAGGAAAAGUUGUUGCUCCACUCCUUAGCAAAGCAGAGUUGGUGAUUCAGGGCUGGGACCUUCUUUUCAUGGGAUCCGCUGUUCUAACACUGGUUGGUCUGCUGUUGUUUGCUUUUCUAUAUCGCGCUCCUCAGCCUGAGGAAACACCACUUCUCCCUGAAAAAAGACAUACAGAAUCAGUAGAGGAACCUUUACUUUCUUCAGUAGAACAAGGACUCAUGAACCCGCGAGGGAAAAGACUUGAAGAAGUGUCGGGAUAUUUUGAUAGAAACAAGAAAGAAAAACACAAUCAAGACGAUUAA